AUGAGUACUGCUCGAGAAUAUCACACAGCAUCCGUAUUAACAAAUGGAAAAGUGUUAGUUGCUGGUGGACUCAGCAGUUCUUAUUGGAAUAGUGCUGAAUCAUAUGAUCCAUCAACAGGUACCUGGACCAACACUAGCAGUAUGAGUACUGCUCGAUUUUACCACACAGCAUCCGUAUUAACAAAUGGAAAAGUGUUAGUUGCUGGUGGAUCGAGCGGUUCUUAUUUGAAGAGUGCUGAAUUAUAUGAUCCAUCAACAGGAACCUGGACCAACACCAGCAGUAUGAGUACUGCUCGAUAUCGGCACACAGCAUCCAUAUUAACAAAUGGAAAAGUGUUAGUUACUGCUGGAUACAGCGGUUCUUAUUUGAACAGUGCUGAAUUAUAUCAACCAUAA